UCCCUCUCAGAAUCUUGCGCCCGUGGCAGAGCACUGAGCCUCGCAGCAUCACAAACACAACUGUGUGUACAAAAUGUGGUGGAGCAGGUCACAUCUCAUCAGACUGCAAGUUUACCAGUUCCUUUGCACAACGACCCGGUGAACCACCCCAGUCUGCUCAGGAUAAGGCCCGUAUGGAUAAAGAGUACUUGUCUCUCAUGGCAGAGCUAGGAGAGGCUCCAAUCCCUGCCUCCAGUGGGGGCCACAACAAUCCUCCCCCUAGUGGACCUCGUCCUGCAGGACCCAACAAUAACCAGCCACCACCAAAUCGUCCUCCUUGGAUGAAUUCAGGCCCUACUGAUAACAGGAAUUACCAUGGCAUGCACCAGGGUCCUGGUGGCCCUCACAACUUCCCUCCACCAAUGCCAAACAUGGGUGGCCCUCCUAUGCCGCCAAACCCCAAUGGUAUGCCUCCACCCUGGAUGCAGCCGCCGCCGCCUCCAAUGAGCCAAGGCCCAGCCCCACCCGGACACCCCAUGGGUUUAUUGCCACCACCCAUGGGUAUGAUGCCCCCGCCUCCACCUCCCCCCAAUAACCAACCUCCACCCUCAGGACCUCUGCCACCUUGGCAACAGCAGGCACCCCCCCCACCACCCACCAGCAGCAUGGCAACCAGCGCUCCACUGCCUUGGCAACAGAAUACAACCACCACAUCCACCCCAGUCACUGGAAACCUGCCACCCUGGCAACAGCCUCAGCAGACGGCCACCUCAGCCACUCAGCCCCCUCCACCCAUGGGCACCCCCUCUAUGGUGCCGCCUCCACCUGGGGUCCAACCCCCACUUCCGCCUGGUGCGCCACCUCCUCCACCACCCCCUCCUCGUGGCUCAGCUGGCAUGAUGUAUGCACCUCCUCCCCCACCCCCACCCAUGGACCCUAACUAUGUGACCAUGAUGGGAAUUCCUGGUAUGCCACCUUACGGGAUGCCCCCUGCACCUCCACCACCUCCGCCCCAGAGUUAAAGGCUCCAUUUAGUCUCUAAGGCCCUGUGACCAUGCAGUAAUGCCUAAAAUAUACAUCACAGGACUGUACCUAGUUCUGUUAAUUCAACAGCUUGAUGUGAUUAGCUGUUUAGUCGCUAAAGGUUUAUUUUCUGUUGAUUGGCCUCGGUUCAGAUAUGUUUCCCAUGCUUGGACAUAGAAAUCGAGCUAGUGAGAGAGACCGAGAUCGUGGUAAAUUUGUAAAUUUGCUUCAAUUGUAAUGGUUUUUAACUGUAGUAUCUGAUCUGUUGGUUGAAUAUUUGUUCAAAAUGGUGACGUACAGGGAAUGUGUGUGUUGUUUUUGUUUCUACCAGCCUGCUUUCAUGUUUUUUUUUUUUUGGUUUUUUUGAACCCUCUCCUGUGAGUAAAAGUGACAUCUGCUUAAGAUUCAGUUAGCAACAUUCCAACACAUGUAUAAACAACCAUUUACACUCUUAACCAGCUGUGCAUUUGUUGCUGCAUAGUACAAAAAGACAUUUAUGUCUUUAAGAUGUUGUAGAUGAUUGGCUUACUCUAUUAGGUGGUCAGUAUAAUUUGUGCUCACCUGGUAUCCCAUCCCUCUCAAAAUGGUUUUUAUUUAAAAUAACUUCAUUAAUUACCUUCCACCAAAUGUAUUUCAAUAUUUUUGUAAUGAAGCAUUCAACUAAAUAAAAGUUGGCAUGGUGUUGA